AUGGAGGCCAGCAGCAGCGAUCAGCGCCUGGCCGACCUCGACAGGCGGUUUGCCGAGCUUGAGCGCUCCUUCCUCGUCGACGAUGCCAUGGCCACCGACGACAACGACGAUCUCAUCCUCGCUCAGCAGCAGCAGGAGCAGGAUCAUCAGACGCAUGAUGAACAUCGGCAGCAGCAGCAGCAGCUACAGCAGCACCGCAGCCUCAGCAGCAGUGGCAGUGCGCCAGUGUCGAGCUCAGCAGCGAGCAUGUUGGACGACGACGAAGACCUCGCUGACGAGAAUGCCGCGCGCGCCAUGAUCGAGCAGCUGGUGCAGGCACGACGGGACAGGGCUGCAGCAGCCACUCUCGAGUCAGAGCCACUGCAGCAGAUCCGCGCCGCUGAUGGUGCGGCAGGAUCAGUAGUGCGGCCAGAUGGCCGAGCGCAUGUUACUGCCACGACUGCCUCCGCCAGUACAACUCCGCACACUGCGACUCCUACCACUCUCACCCCCAAACCGGCCACUCGCACGCCUCUGAUGGAUGCUGCUAGGGCUGCUGCGGGUGCUGGGAACGCAGGUGGAAGGCUGGAAGACGACCGCGCACAGAUUCACGCUCCUGCUCCUGCUCCUGCUUCUGCUGGAGCAACGGGCAUGACAAUAAACACACCUGCUGUCGUGGCGCCAAACGCACCUCAACAGGCUCGCAUCAUUGACCAAGUGGCUGGCACACCACCAGGACUGACCCCGCCGGGCGAAGUUUCGUCACAAUCCAAGACAUCGCCUGCUGCUCCUGCUCAUGCUGCCUCUGCUGUUGCUGGUACCGCAGCCGCUCAGUAUGCUGAAAGCGCCUCGGCUGAGGUGAACAAGAUUUGGCACGCCCACCGCCAGCAGGUGGAUGCCCGACUCGCCAAUCUGCUUCUAAAGUUCGGUCCGAAUCCCGCGGCUCCGAACGGCGGAGCACCCGCACCCGACCACCCCUUGGGAGCAGUGCUGUGCAAAGAGCAUCUCGCGGUGGACAGCGACACAGCUGGAAUCGCGCGUCGCUGUCGAGUGUCUGCUCGUGGCUGCACAACGGAACGAAUCCCGAGCAGACGCCAUCAAACCCAUCUUUUUGGACUUGCUGGCCAAAGCCCGAAGCAAUCCAAGAUUCGACGGCCCGAUUCGCUGCCAUUGGUUCGGACGUUGCUCGCUCUGGGUGCCAAUCCUUCCUUGCAAGAACCCGACGCUGCGCCACCACUGCUCUAUGCUGUGCAGACCAAUAACAUGCCCUUGCUGCAGACUCUUCUUGAAGCACCAAAGCCCGCCUAUCCAAACCUGCCGGCCAUCAACGGGACGUUUAUCGGCUGGACGCCUCUCAUCGCCGCUGCACGGCUCGGCAAUGCGAAUGCUGUCGCUGCCAUGCUGCUCCAUAUCGAUUCUAUUGCCUUUGCACAACUGCGACAGCAACCACUUCCAUCCUACCAAGCGUCAAAACGCAGGCUCGGCGUGGAUGAGACGGACGAACUGCUUUCACGGCGGCAGCGCUUAUUGCACCAUCGCGACCUCUUUGGUCGCUCGCUCAUGCAUGCAGCCGUCUCGCCCGUGGAUCCACAGAGUUCCACGGGUGUCCUAUCCAUGCUCUUGGCUCUUGGCGGUGACGUCAAUGCCCGCGAUGAACAGCAACGCACCCCGUUGAUGGAUGCCGUCAUGCGCGGCCUAGUCCCCUGUGUCAAGCUCUUGCUUGCAGCUGGAGCCGAUGUGCAUGCAACGAACAUUGUGGGCAGAACUGCAGUGCACGUGUGUGCUUCCUGGCAAGACACCAAGGUUGGUGAGAUCAUGGCUCUGCUUCUCCAGGCAGGCGCCAAUCCAGAUGCUCAGGACAGGUCUCUGAGCACACCAUUGCAUGUUGCUGCCAGUCUCGGCUUUGCCGGCCAUGUGACCUCCCUCAUUCGGGCCGGGGCCAACCUGCACGUUCAAAACUCGUCAGGCACCACCCCGCUGCACUACGGUGCGCGCCAGUUGGGCCCUCGAUUCUUUGAAACGACAAAGGCGCUCUUGAGUGCCGGUGCACCAGUUAAUCUGGCAAACAAGCGAGGCUUCACCCCGCUGCACGAUGCUGUGGCCAAUGCUAUUCCGUCCGCAGUCGCCCAACUCAUCGCUCACGGUGCAGACCCAAACAUGCGAAUUCAUGCCACGGGCAUGACCGCGCUCCACUUGGCUGCAUUCACGAUGGUCUCCGUCAACGUGCGGCAUCUCUUGUCAGCGGGUGCGCUUGUGAAUGCUGUCGAUGGCAUUGGCAAAACACCGCUCUCGCUCGCGCUGGGAAGCAAGCAGAUUACGCAAAUGCUGCUGGAUGAGUCGGCGGACGUCCAGCACGCGAGUGCCGUGGGUAACACGCCACUGCACUUUGCGAGUCUGUUUGCUGAACGGGCGGCCACCAUUCCUUUGCUCGUCAAGUAUGGCGCAAAUGUGAAUGGCGUCAAUGCGCGCCAAAGAACACCACUCCACCUUGCUGCUUUGAAGAAUUUGGUGCCGACAGCGGAUGCCCUCAUUCGUGCCGGCGCGGACUUGACGAUGGUCGACGAUCGCGGGAACACGCCCGCGCUUCUUGCCAUGAAGUUCGGUCAUGGCCAUAUGGCACGCGCGCUCUUGCGGUACGAGUACAACUUUGAUGCCUCCAACCACAUGGGCGAGACCAUGGUGCAUCUUGCCGCGCGCCAUGGAGCGCUUGAAAUCAUGGAGCUCCUCGGUCCUGAUUUGUCGAGCCUGGUGAAUCAUGCAACCGCUAGCCAGUUCACGGCGCUGCACUUUGCAGCCACGGCUCACCCUCUCGCCAUCACCAUGUCGGAUGUCUUGCUGAACGCCGGUGCGGACGUGAAUGCAUGCACAGCGCGGUUACAAACCCCGCUGAUGAUGGCCACCUUCCACGACAACGUCGAACUCGUUAGUCUAUUGUUAGAACGCGGCGCCGAUGCGCGCUUGCAGGACCGCAACGGCCACACGGCGCUCGGCCUCGCAAUUCGCGCCCGUCGACCCUCCGUCGCGGCGCGGCUACUGGAGCUGCCAGUUUCGCUGGAGGAAUUGGCAGGUGGCGAGGAAAUGCUGUCCAACUUGCUGCUCUCUGCUGUGCGACACGCGCAAAUACCAGCUCUCACUCGAAUGCUCGAGCUUGGCGCCAAUCCAAACUCGGGCACCAAAGAGAAUUACACGUUGCUGUUGUGUGCCGUGCGUAACUGCGUCAUGCCAGCCAUUCUCACGCUGUUGGAGCACGGCGGCGAUCCCUCUGCAAAAACCCACAACGGUGUUGAUUUGUUCUUGGUCUUUUGCCGAGCUGCGCUCGGGUCUGACAGUGCAGAAUAUGAAAAGGUGAUUCGCGCCCUCGGUGCCGCGCGGCUGCUCAAACUUGGAGAGCUCCAUCCAACAGAGAUGCAACUGAUGCCGCGCAGAGCGCUCGUGCUGCUCCACAAGAUUGCGGCGGAGGAGGGACUCACGACUUUGUCGCAAUCGCCGCCAACUGCCGCUCCUGCGUCUGUGCCGGUGGCCGUGUCCGCUGCUGCACAACCGCGAAAACUGCAUCGUCGAGAUGCUUCACCUCACCUUCAACCAACAGCACCCGCGACACAGCCUCCAAAGCGCAGUGAGCAAUUCAAGGCGCCGAAUCGCACUGCGCCAGCGUUGCGCUCGUAUUCGACCUUGCAAGCAGGCGCUCCAUCCGCUGUUGCUACCGCAUCAUCCUUGCCUUUGAUUCGCAAUCCGCUGCUCCACCAACACCAGCGCAAACACAUCCACACAGCCAUCCAUCGCAGCCCGAGCUUGCAACUGGCGUCUGCUGUCGCCCGCAACGCCUUGCUCCUCCUCGGUCGCCGUUUGUGAUUGACCUCUUGUCCUUCUCUUUUUGGCUUGCUGCUUUAUGAGCGAUUGCUCUCCUUCGCCUGCAAUAAUACUGUACUUUUGCACCUUUUUUUUUUUUUCUUCAACUCGAAAUGAAC